GGGAGGGUAGCCCUUAACUGAUAAUAUGUACACUGUCCAAAGGCUGGAUUCAUGUUCUAGCUGCCACUCUGAACCAUCACGAACAGCACACUGCACCAGCGCGGAGAGCAAGCGAGGGCGCAAUGAAAGAGGAGGACGGAGGCCCGCGGCUACCCCCUCCCCGCAUACUUUUCGAGAAGAAGGAUGUUCCGUGCCUCGCCGCGCUGCGAAUCCUUCUCGGCGACAAGGGGGCAGGGCAGAGCAGCAACAACGACAGAUGGCUCUCGCCCACGAGAGAGCUGCGCCUGGUGUCCUUCGACGUGUGCAACGCUUGCCGGAGCGCCGUGCCUUGCCGUGUUUGGGUCGGUCAGAACACACCGCGGUCUCUGUGGGCAAGGAAACCACAAGCGGAGCAUCCGAAGGGUGGGAACGCGUGCCAAUUGUCCCCGCCUGUCUUCACCACCACCAGCGACAGCAGGAGACCAUCUUCUCCCAACAAGCGGCGGACGUUGUUAGGGAUCCGCGCGUCAACGGUCGUGUGGGAUCGACCUCUUCGCGACGUCGUCGACGCGCGGUCCUUCCUGCAGGGCGUGGCGUGCUGGAGGUUUGGGUUCUAUUUCAACGAGCCGCUUGUCCCAAGGAACAACACGGGCUGCUUUCGUUGGCCUGAGACCUUGAUGACUCUGGACCUAGGCCCGAGGUUCCAACAUGACCUUUCUGGCGUGUCUUUGCCCGCCGGGUUGCUUGAGUUGAGAUUGGGCGCGGCGUUCAACCGCUGCGUCCGGGGGGUAGACUGGCCUCCCCUCUUGCGAAAAUUGACCUUCGGCGCCGGCUUCAACAAACCAAUCGUCGGCGUUGUGUUUCCGGCGUCCUUGGAGCAGCUGUCAUUCGGAGCCAGCUUUGACCAGCCGUUGGUCCAGUACAUGGCAACUGAUACCUGUCCUAGCUGUGUUUCCUGGCCUCCGCGCCUACAUGCUCUAUCGUUCGGGGCAGGCUUCGGCCACGAUAUUGGGGGAGGAAACAGCACCCUGCCGCUGGAGGCUACGUCUACGGCGGCUGAGGCGAAACAUGGCUGUGGUAACCGGCUGCCCGCCUCCCUGAAGCGACUGACGCUGUCGGACGGAUUCCGCCAGCCACUCGACACCGUCCGUUGGCCUCCAGUUCUUGAGGAGCUCAGGCUGGGUUGUGUUUAUGUCAGCGAUAGGGGAGGCGGGCGCUUACCGGAGGCCUGCUUGCCGCGGGCACUUGUAAGGUUAAGCCUGGAUUUGAACUUUCACCAAUCUGUUAGUGACGUCAUGCCCUUGUUGCCGGACUCGCUCAAAGAUCUCGAGUUCGGCGAUGUUUUCAACCAGCCCAUCUCCAGAAUCAAGUGGCCGUCCUCCCUGCAACGGCUGGCGUUCGGGUCCAGGUUCAACAACCCCAUCGCCGGAGUCUCGUGGCCAGCUGCCCUACAACAACUCUCGUUCGGGGAUUGCUUCGACCAGACAAUCAGCGGAGCCGCGUUUCCGGCCCUCUUGGAACAGCUAUCAUUUGGGGAGAGAUUCAACCAACCCAUUUCCGGGGUACGAUGGCCGGUUUCCCUGCAGGAGCUACGCAUGGGGCGGUGUUUCAACCAAGAAAUCGCAGAGGCCGUGUGGCCGCCCUCCCUGCGAAGGCUGUCGCUGGGCAAAAACUUUCGUCAGCCCAUCCGAUGCCUCAACCUACCCCCGGGGCUGUCGGAGCUCGAAUUGGCCCAGGGAUGCAAACAGUCGCUCGACGGAGUGAGGUGGCCCACUCGACUGAGGACGAUCACCGUGUGUGUGGCAUGGGGGGGUAGGGUGCCCGGUGGAGCUCAAUUGAAGUUCCCCCAAGGUUGCCGUUUGAGACGGAAAUGAGUUUUGAGCGAGUACACGCAGAGUUCAAAUCCAGAGCGUUGUCGGACGUUUGAGACGGUCCAGAGCGACUACACGCAGAGAGUACGUAACUUUCGUUUGAGCGGAUGACUGUAGUUGUUGGGGCGUCAAUGGGGCGUCAAGAAUAACAUCAUGAUGUUUGGGAGUAGAGGCAAGAGAGUGCACACACAGGUGUCUAAGUUCCCUUUGAGCAAUGACUGUUGACGGGGCGAAGAAAAAAACAUGAUUUUGCGAAAUAGAGACGAGAGUAUAUACAGAAAGUGCCUACGUUUCGUUUGACCCAUGACUGCUGUUGGGGCGCGUGCGAGAAUAUUGGC